AUGCCGAACGUGAAUGUUAAAUGGGGUAAGGAGAAGUACAGUGUUCUACUUGAUUUUGACGAAUCGCCUCUCGUCUUCAAAUCACAGCUGUUCGCUCUUACCGGUGUGCCUCCGGAUCGGCAAAAAGUUGUGAUUAAAGGAAGAACGUUGAACGACGACACGUGGAAUGGAAUAACCGUAGUUGAAGGAGCAAUGAUAAUGAUGAUGGGAAGUGCUGAUGCUGUUCCUCCGCCACCGAAAACAGAACAAGAAGAAGAACGGAAUGAUUCAGUGCGGAGUGACAGUAAUACCAUACGACUGCCCAAUGGUCUAAAGAAUCUAGGGAAUACUUGUUACAUGAAUUCUGUUUUACAAAGUUUCAAGACCAUACCGGAGCUCAAGGAUGGUCUUGGGCGUUUUAAUCAAGGGAUUCAAAAUCCUGACGCAAAUCAGAGAAUGGUGAUGGCAGUGAAGAGUGUGUACGAAAUGCUCGACAACCCACGUCGAAUUGACGAGCCCCUCGUUCCGUUUUUUAUGCUCCAAGCACUGCAUAGCAUAUUGCCUCAGUUCAGCUCUAGGGAUGAGCAUGGCCAUCUGGAACAACAGGACGCCAAUGAAUGCUUUUCCGAGAUUCAAAGAAUGUUGCUGAAUGCACUCUCGGCGAACAAGGAGCAUAUCGGAAUGGAUAUACGCGAGUUUUUCCGCGGGCGAUAUCAAGUGAGGCAGAAAUGUCUUGAGUGCGAAGAUGAGCCGGUUCAGAGCACAACCGAAGAGUUUUAUCAGCUUUCUUGUUUCCUGUCACCAGAAGUGAGGUAUAUCCAAAGUGGAAUCAAAGAGAAACUCUCUGGAGAGAUAGAAAAAACAAGCGCGAUUCUUGGUCGAAAUGCCAAAUGGGAACGAAAUGUGAACGCAAAAAUUUUGAAAGACGUCAAAUUCCCGAUGAUCCUCGAUCUUCAUGACAUAUGCACACCGGACCUCCAAGAGAAGUUGAUUCCACAGCGGGAUGCUGUUAAAAAAGAAGAGGACGCAAAAAUUGAACGUAUGCGGAAGCAAAAAGUGGACGGCGCAGAUCCGAAAAUUGUGAAAGACGAUGGGAUUCCAUUACCGUUCUCAUUUCCUGAUGAUGAAGGUAGCAACAAUUCUGGUUUUUACGAGCUGAAGGCUGUAAUAACUCACAAAGGUCGCUCCUCAAAUUCUGGCCAUUAUGUGGCUUGGGUGCGAAUGGAUGAGGACAAGUGGGCAAUGUGUGACGACGACCAUGUUACGUCAGUUACUUCAGAUCAGAUUUUGAAGCUGUCUGGCGGUGGGGACUGGCACUGUGCAUAUGUUCUACUUUACGGUCCGCGUAUAGUCAAAGAGUAUCCGGAAUUGAAAGAUGGGAAAGAAAACAUAGUGGAACAAGCGAAAGAGACCGAAGGCAUGAAGACAAAUUAG